AAUAAAUUGCAAAAAAUUGAUGAGUUUUUGUGAAAGAUUUCCGUGAUUUCAUCAGUGUUAGAAACUGUAACACCAUUGUACAUUUAUCAAAUUCAAGUAACCACUGUUACGAGUACGAUAUUUCUCGAAUCGACCGGUGAAUUGGUGAAAUUGCUAAAUCUUCUCAUCCGACAAUUGGUUUGUAGUAAUGCUUCCGUAGUAAUUGUCAAUGUUGCAAGUUAAUGGUUGGCCCGCUGCUUCAUCAACUCUUCCGCAACUGGAGGCAGAUCGGGAAGAGUGGGUGUAUAUCGUGCCGAAAUUACUCAUUCGAUAAAAAGAAGGUCCUCGGGAAGUUGAAAACCAUGAAGUUGAAUACGCCAGAGUUCCGGUCUCUCUUCACGCCGGAAUUGAAGCAGCUGACCGAGCUGUUCAAGCAGUAUAACUAUGAGCUACGCAUUGCCGGGGGAGCUGUAAGAGAUUUAUUGUCGGGGAAGCCUCCGAAUGAUAUCGACUUUGCCACGACGGCCACACCCGACCAAAUGAUGGCAAUGUUCAAUAGUGAGGGUAUCAGGAUGAUCAAUGCUAAAGGAGAAAAACAUGGAACAAUAACUGCUAGAAUAAACGACAAGGAGAACUUUGAAGUGACUACGCUCCGUAUCGAUGUCGAAACAGAUGGCAGACACGCUGAAGUUGAGUAUACACGAGACUGGCAGCUGGAUGCGAACCGAAGGGAUCUGACUUUUAAUUCAAUGUUUCUCGGGUUUGAUGGGACUGUUUAUGAUUACUUCAAUGGUCGGGAAGAUCUGGAGAAGAGGUUGGUCAGAUUUGUGGGGGAUGCUGAUGCCAGGAUAAAAGAGGACUACCUCAGGAUUCUAAGAUAUUUCAGGUUUUACGGCAGAAUCGCCGUAGAUGGUAACAAACAUGAACCUAAGACGCUGCAAGCAAUAAGGGAAAAUGCAGAAGGACUAAAAGGCACCUCCGGUGAAAGGAUCUGGAUGGAACUGAAGAAGAUCAUCACUGGCAACCAUUCGCCAAGUAUCAUGAGGGUCAUGACAGAAUUACAACUACUCAAAUAUUUCGGUCUUCCCUCUAAUCCUAAUAUUGAUGAACUCGAGAUUGUCUGGAAACGAUCACGACAAAUGGAGCCAGCCCCUAUGACUUUGAUAUCCGCUCUCUUGGCUGAAGUAAAAGAGGUGUAUACACUCCAAGAGCGGAUAAAAAUGUCAACAGUGGAAUUGCAGACGGGCAUUUUCAUCGUACGUUACAGGAACGAAGGUGAUAGUAGCGACUUGUUAAACUAUUCCCAGGAAUUGAUGAUUGACACGAUGGGCAAAGAACCCAAGGUCAAGGACAGAGUAACUGAACUCUUGAAAUACAAGGGACAAUUGGAUGUGCUAGAAAAAUUCUGUGAGUGGUCCCCGCCAAAGUUUCCUAUUGGAGGGAAGCAUUUAGUUGAACGAGGAAUCAAAGGGGGACCAAAGUUUGCAAAGAUUUUGCAGGAAUUGCGUAUGAUUUGGAAACGUAGUGGCUACAAGAUGAGUGAAUCAGAACUCGUGGAUAAGAUUGAUGAAGUAAGAGAGCGGAUUAAAUGAGGGGUUGUCUGGGGGUGUUCAGAAGUCUAGCGAACAUUGAGAUAAUCUGGAUACCUUUAGCUAACAAUGAGAUAUUCUGGAUACCUUUAGCUAACA